UGUUGGAGAAUCGAGAGCAAAGCAAUUACAGCCCAAUACAAAUGUCAUUAGUACCUCGAUCAGAGCAAGAGCGAUUGCCGUACAAGUGGGGGAAUCGUAGCCUCCGGCAACUCAGAACUCAGGCUCCAACCAUGACCACUCAAUACAAGGAGGAGAUUUGCGAGAGAUCCGAGUGCAAAAGUAAAUCUCCAACUUUGCUGUCCUCUUACUGCAUCGACAGUAUUCUGGGCAGAAGGAGCCCCUGUAAGAUUAGAUGUAUUGGAGCUCAAGCGUUGCCGCUUCUCACAGCCAGGAAUGAGCCGGACACAGCUAGUGAAGGAUCACCCAAGGAAAACAUGUCUUUUGACUCUGAGCUCCAUUUCCCCCCGAAGUUCCGAAGACUAUACGGGCUGGGAAGUAAAAUCUUUGACGCUCGGGGAUUUAACGAGAUUGCUAACGAGAAAUUGGAGAGAGACAGAUCCUCCGAACCGUUCCGAAACACCGAUCUGAAAAUCAGCCAGGCCCCACAAGUAAGCAUCAGCCGCAGUAAAUCCUACAAAGAAAACUUCAGCCUGGGCAAAACGCAAGGGGACAGCACACAGAACCUGGUCCCGGCUCCAGAACUAAGUUCGCUGGAGCCCGCUGACAAGUCGUUUGAGGGAGAUGCGAAAGAGGACGCGGUUGAAGAUGACUUAAGCCCUAAACUUGUGGAGGAGGCUCAGACAGACGUGGAUGUGAAGGAUGGGGAGGACAGUCUGUGUCUAUCAGCCGGUAGUGACUCUGAAGAAGGUAUGUUAAAAAGGAAACAGCGGCGAUAUAGGACUACAUUCACCAGCUACCAGCUUGAAGAACUAGAGAGAGCUUUUCAGAAAACACACUACCCAGACGUCUUCACCAGGGAGGAGCUGGCGAUGCGGCUAGAUUUAACCGAAGCACGAGUACAAGUUUGGUUUCAGAACCGCAGAGCUAAGUGGCGAAAGCGAGAGAAAGCCGGAGCUCAGAGCCAUCCAGGCGGUUUGUCCUUCGCCAGCCCGUUGGGAGCGGGACACCCGCUGGGACCUUACCUGGACAGUAGUCCCUUCGGACACCACCCGAGCCUGGAAUCAGCCUGGUCAGCCGCCGCAGCCGCCGCCGCAGCCGCAGCCGCAGCUUUCCCCGGGCUUCCACCUCCACCAGGGACCGCCGCUUUACCCCCCAGCGGGGCCCCGUUAGGCCUCGGCACCUUUCUGGGAGCGGCCAUGUUCAGACAUCCUUUCAUCACUCCGCACUUCGGCAGGCUCUUCUCGACAGUAGCUCCGCUGACAGGCGCCUCUGGGCCUGCCCUGCUGAGACAGUCGGCCCCGGGGGUAGAAGGGGGAGUGCAGACCGGCGCCCUCGCAGACCCCGCGGUAGCAGCAGCAGACAGACGAGCGUCCAGUAUCGCAGCACUGAGACUCAAAGCCAAGGAACAUGCCGCCCAACUCACACAACUCAACAUCCUUCCCGCACCCUCCACUGGCAAGGAAGUGUGCUGAGUACACAGCAAGGGGCUUCACACACGCUGCUGAUCAAGACCAAAUUCAGAAAGAGGACCAGUUACACCGCGUGGAUUGGGUUCUCAGACUGUGCAUGCCCCAUUAGAGUCAGUAUCCCUUUCAUCACACCAACAAGCCACACUUAAUAUCAAAAACAGCCAAGACAGAGACAGAAAGAGAAAAUCAAUUACAUUGUUUACAUACAAGAUUUGCGAUGUUCCUACCAUUCUUAUUUCCCUGAAAGGGGAAGAUAGUAAUAGGAGCGCGUGAUUAAGAAUAUACUUGAGAGAAACUUUCUUUAAUAUACUGGUGUUUGAUCUAAUCAGGGCAGUUUUGAAAUUAAAAGAGCGAUGAAGUGUAUUCAAAACUCACGGGUAGUUUCCCAAUUCCUGGUGGCCAGGUUUAAGGGAUACUGUUUCUGAAUGAAUUGAGGUUGACUUUCUGCGAUGGACGAGUUGUUUGGCAUACACGGGCAUACAUGCAUUGGUUACGUCUGGAAUUUUAUAUCUAUAUAUGUAUAUACAUCAGUGUAGCCAACCAGCGGUUCGCUACUAAACCAAAGGGACAAAAAUACUGCCAAUCCGAGUGGACUGCUUAUUUCACUAAACUGUGAUUGAUUUCUGUACAUGAUGGUCGUUCUUCAGAAUUUCCAAGGAAAAUAAUUGUACAUUUUUAAAAAAAAAAUGAAAAUUUGCACUCAGCGUGUUGUGAAAGUUUAUUCUCUAGAAUUACCAGACAGUUCUUAUACAGUGAUGUGGAUGUAUUAGGUUCGUAGAAUAAUUAUUUAUGGACAAACAUUUUAUUUAACUUAUUAACCAUAGAGGUUUCGAAAACCUUAUAAAAAGCAACUUGGUAUAUUACGUGUACUGUUGUAACUUCUUGAUAUGGGCUAGAAGAGUGGCGACACUCGAAAAUAAAAUGUUACGCUUAACAAGCUAAUUGGAGAAAGCGCUUAUUCUAAAACCCGAGUAUUUAUACAACUGAGCAUUUAUCCACUGCGGACAAACUCACUACCAGUACAGAACAAUCGACUCAAAUUCAUAAUUAAAAAUAACUAAAAGUGCCAGUUGUGUUCUGCCCAAAAUAGGUGCAGUCAGCUGAUAGAUAGUUUCCUUAAAGCAGCUUGAUGUAUUUUAUAGGCUCGAACCCUGGCAGCUUUCUGUCUGACUGUAUGGUGACAUUCAGGCUGCACAACAGGAAGGUGUUUUCCAGCCAGCCAUUCCGUUUCAGGAAAGUUCCAUUCAUUCACAAAUCACGCUUGCCUAUGCGUAUGUGCUGGCUAAUUUCUAAGUGUGAUAGUUAAUAAGCACAACAUUGCAAAGCAAUUAAAACAUCCAUCUCGUUAAUUUCGAGAGGGAGAAAAAGCUUUAAUAAUACAACAUAACAUUCAGGUGGACCACAAUGUUCUUUGGACCCAGGAUCCAAUUUGUCAAUGAAAGAAUGAAUACUGGCAUUUUCUGCACUGCCACAAGUAAUCCCUACACUGGGUUAAGAUUAUUUCAAGCAUUUAGCGCAUUCUUCCAGCACUGUUGUUUUAAUGAACAUUGGCAGAAGUUGCUAGUAGUAUUCAUUGUCUUACAUCGCUGACACGACCAACAAAAAUGGUUUUAUGAACUUUGCUCAGCGGAGGUGGUGUAAAUGAAAAGAAGGUGUUUUAUUUGUGUUUCACUUUCAAUUUCUGGAUACAUCCUUGGAAAUUAUAACAUUGACCCCUCAGCCCCACCACCACCGCCGCUAUAAAAUGCUGCCAACAAAUAUUUGCUUGGAUGUCUUGCUGUAUCUCUGCUAAUGAGCCACCCAGGUUACUAAACGUUAGUGUUUAACGAAUA